AAGCGCCGUUGACCGAACCUCUUCAAAUUGAGCUUACAAAAACUGGCUUCACAACCCUGGAAAACACCAAUUUUCUCUUGACAAACUCUGCUUCUUCAUUGCUUCUUUACUUCUCCAGACUUUAUUAAAUUUCACCACUCCGCCCCUCGGUAUCAAAUCGCCGCCACCAUGACUGCCGAACCGCCCCCUAAGCGCAAGUGUCUCGGAGCCGACUGCGAGAACGAUGCCGGCUCGCUGCAAUGCCCGACCUGCUUGAAGCUAGGCAUCAAGGAUAGCUACUUCUGCUCGCAAGAUUGCUUUAAGAAGAACUGGGGAACGCACAAGGCUACCCACAAGCAAGAAAACAGUAUUUUGAGCCACCUCUUUCCUCCAAAGGUCGUUUCUAAGCCAGAUCCAGAAACCGGUCUCUUCAAUCCCUUCCCGGCCUUCAACUUCUCAGGCCCCCUGCGCCCCGUUUACCCGCUUUCGGAACGCCGAAAGGUUCCCGCCUCGAUCCCCCACCCCGACUAUGCCGGCGACGGCAUCCCGAAGCACGGCCGCUCUCUCGUGCGCUCCAACAAGAUCGAGUGCCUCGACGCCAAGGCACAGGAGGGCAUGCGCAAGGUCUGCCGUCUUGCGCGCGAAGUCCUCGACAUUGCCGCCGCCGCCAUCCACCCGGGUAUCACGACCGACGAGAUCGACAAGAUCGUGCACGACGCAUGUAUCGAACGAAAUUCCUACCCAUCCCCGCUCAACUACAACCACUUCCCCAAGUCAGUGUGCACGUCACUAAACGAGGUCAUUUGCCACGGCAUCCCGGACAAGCGUCCCCUGGUGGACGGCGACAUCCUGAACCUGGAUGUCACAUUAUACCAUGAAGGCUACCAUGGCGACCUGAAUGAGACGUACUACGUCGGCGACAAGGCGCUCGCAGACCCCGACGUCGUCCGUCUGGUUGAGACGACGCGCGAGUGUCUCGACGAGGCCAUCAAGCUCGUCAAGCCCGGCACCCUCUUCCGCGAGUUUGGCAACGUCAUCGAGAAGCACGCAAAGGCCAAUAACUGCAGCGUCAUUAGGACGUAUGUCGGCCACGGCAUCAACUCCGUCUUCCACUGCCCGCCAAACAUUCCGCAUUACGCCAAGAACAAGGCCGUUGGAGAGUGCAAGCCCGGCAUGACGUUCACCAUCGAGCCGAUGUUGGCCCUCGGCAAGUACCGGGACAUCACCUGGCCCGACAACUGGACCAGCACCACUAUUGAUGGAAAGCGGUCUGCGCAAUUUGAACACACUCUGCUUGUGACCGAGACUGGAGUCGAAGUCCUCACGGCAAGGAAAGCGGACUCUCCGGGUGGACCUGUGCCCUUGCCAACGGCAUGACCGCCGGUCAUUUAAAACGCCAAUGGCAAGAAUGAUUAAUGGCGAUGUGGAUUGAUCCGUGAUUAUAGAACAGAGACUCAAUAUAUCAUCCGAAUACCAUGAAUUUAAGCGUUGCUGUGGUCUGGCAGUUGUCAGGAUCUCCUUGUUUUAAAAAAGGUUGAAAAUUUUGGUGGUGUCCUGAGCAGCGGUAAAUCUUUUGAUGAAUUUAUAAGUAGUGCAUCGGU